AAACGAAAAAGAAGAAAAAUAAAAAUAAAAAUAAAAAUAAAAAUAAAAAUAAAAAUGGCGAGUCUAACCCCCGGCAUUCUCCUCAAGCUUCUACAGUCGAUGAACACGCCGACCAAGGUCACCGGCGACCACCGCAGCCCCCUCCUCCAGGUCAUCGGCAUCGUCCCCGCCCUUUCCGCCGCUGACUCCCUCUGGCCCCACAACGGCUUCUACGUCCAGCUCUCCGACUCCCUCAACUCCACCUACGUCUCCCUCUCCGACCGCGACACCGACCUCAUCCUCACCAACCGCCUCCACCUCGGCCACUUUGUCCACCUCGACCGCCUCCACUUCGACUUCCCCCCUUUCCCCACCCCCGUCAACCUCCGCCCCGUCGCCGGCCGCCACCCCUUCAUCGGCUCCCCCGAGCCCCUAAUCGCCCGGAUCUCCCCCUCCAAGACCGGAUUCGUGAUCCAGCCGGUUUCAGACUCCGACACGGACCCCAUCGCAGCCUAUCUGUCCCGUGCGGGGAAAAAGGAUGAAAAAUUCCUCGACCCUAAACUGAGCAGGCAAGCAGUCGCCCCCAAGGAGAACGUCAACGUCAACGUCAACGUCAACGUAUCCUCUAAUUCUGGUGACGACCAGAUUAGUAACACCAAAACCAGCUCCGACAAGGUUUCUCAGAGAUUCUCCUCGCCUGGGACGCUCAAGCAGAGGUCCGCAUCUUCCGGGAGGAAAGCUGUGGCGGCUGAGAGGGAUCCUUCUCCUGCUGCCAAGCCCGGAAAGAGGUCGGCCUCCCCUGUCCCCUCUAAGUGCGUGGUUCCCAGCCUUGCUGCUGCUGCUAAGGACGAGAAUAGAAGGACAUCGAGGGAGCCUGCAAUUAUAGUGCCGUCGAGAUACCGGCAGCCGUCACCGACUGCCGGGAGGCGGCAGGCGAGCCCCGUGGUAGCAAGGAGGAUGUCUCUGUCUCCUGGGAGGAGGUUAUCGAGUGGGUUCAAGGCAGUUGAUUCGUCAGGGAAGAAAAAGAUGGCUACUAUUGUGGCUGGGAUUCCAAAGGUAUCUGAUACACUCACGGGGUCGGGUAAAACGGGUAGGAAGAGCUGGGACGAUGGGUCGAAUUUGAGUGGUGGAGGCUCUUUUGAGCACAAGGAGAAGGCGGGGAGUAAGAACAGGGUUGAUUUGCAGGCUAUUUUGAGGACUCAGGCUGCUAUAUCCAGGCGUCUAAGUGAUGUUCAUGAUAAUCUGCCAAGUGAUGUAAAAUCUGAAAGCUCUGUAGAGCAGGAGAAAGCCAAUGGUGCUGCUCCAGUGAUCACUAUCCAUGAAAAGAAAUGGACUGAUGGCAGUGUCUCAUUGGAUAUGGUUUCUUCUGGCCUUGCAAAACUUGGGAAGGAUGCUAUGCAAAGAAGGAAAAUUGCUUCAGCUGUUGCUGCCGAAGCUUUGGAGGAGGCCAUUGCCACAGAAUCAAUCAUGAGAAAUCUAAGCAUGUUCUCAGAGCUUAUUGCAACCUCAAAACCCGAAAACCCUCUACCAACCAUAGACCGUUUCAUGUCCAUCUAUGAGGAGCUCCUAAAAUCAACAGCAUCUGCUGAAACAAUUUCUGGUAACGGUAACUUAUCCGAGUUAAAAUCGAGCAAUAGCAGCAGCAGCAGCACACUGUGGGUGGAAGCUGCUCUAGCUACGAAUCUCGAGGUUGUCUCCUUACUCACGAACGAAAACUUCCAAACUCCCCCAAAAGCCGACAAGAAGCGAACAUCUGCCGAAACUCCUUUUAAAAAUAACAACACGAAAGUCUCCUCAUUAUUAGUCGGGACGUGGAGCCGAGGUGUGGGAAUGAACGAGACGGUUGAGCUCGGUAAGAAUUUGCAGUCCGAGAUGCAGAUGUGGUUUGUGAGGUUUGUGGAGUCGUCUCUCAAUGCCGGUUUUCAGGUAUUCGAGAGUAGUGUUGCCGGCGGUGGGCCCAUAGGGGCGGUUUUGUCACAGCUAAAACGGGUCAACGACUGGUUGGACCGUGUGGCGUCCAAACGGGACGAGUUGCUGAUGGAGAAAAUCGAGCGGCUGAAGAGGAAGAUAUAUGGGUUUGUGAUCCAACAUGUUGGGACAACCGUAGAGAGUGCACAGAGCUUCAUUGCCGGAAAAGCUGGUCAUGCCGAAUUUUGUGAGUCGGGAUUUGGGGAUUUGGCCAGUGAUUUGGUUUGUCAGAGCUCGUCGGGGCUCGUCGGAGCUCGCGAAGGUCGUUUCAGCCACGAGUUAAGGGCUACCCUCACGUUCGAUGCCCGGUUUGCUGCUCUCACCGAAAAAUAUGGUGGCUCGCGUUUCGCUAACGAACCGCUGCCCUUGGUUGCUCUUCUGCGAGGUCGCUCGUCAGCCUCGCAAGAUAUCGCCUCGCCGUGGAUGAAUCGGUCCUCAGUAGUCAGUUCCCGCUGCGGCUACCUUUCCACUGUCGCCCGUUCAUCUUGCCGCCGGGAGUCUGGACUUGUUGCGACUGGAUAUUAG